AUGGCUCUAUCAUCUAACUGGUUAAAACUCCAAGAGGAAAAUAAUAAAUCUAAAUCUAAGAAACAAUUCAAGAAUACCACUUCCAAGAAAGUUACCAAACCACAGAAGAAGAAUCAUGACUCUUAUAAGAGAGAUGAGAGAAUUGCCAAGAAGCCUAAUAAAAUUAUGAGUAUGGUUUAUUCUAUGAAUGACGCCAUAGCUCAGCAUAAAGAAAAUAAAAGAGAUGGUAAAGCCUUUGAAUUUAAGUCUGAAAGCAAUAAAGAUGAGGGUUCAUCUGAGAGUGCGCCAGCUAAUUUUGAUGGACUCCCACAAGACAAAAAAUCCAAAGAAAUAGGUAAAUUUGUUGCUAUGGAUUGUGAGUUCGUUGGUAUUGGUCCAGAUGGUAAAGAUUCUGCCCUAGCUAGAAUAUCAGUAACGAAUUUCUUUGGACAUGUUAUAAUAGAUGAAUUUGUUAAGCCAAGAGAAGUAGUAACAGAUUGGAGAACGUGGGUUAGUGGUGUGAAGCCACAACAUAUGAAGAAUGCAAUUUCUUUCAAGGAAGCACAAAAAAAAUGUGCAGAAAUUCUAGACGGAAGAAUAUUAGUCGGACAUGCAAUUAAACAUGAUUUAGAAGCUCUGUUACUGUCACAUCCAAGAUCGAUGAUCAGAGAUACAGCCAAACAUCUACCAUUCAGAAAGGCGUACGCUAUGGGUAAGUCGCCAAGUUUGAAGAAACUUUCAAAAGAAAUCCUAAAGAUUGACAUUCAAGAUGGUCAACAUUCAUCAGUAGAAGAUGCAAGAAUAACCAUGAUGAUAUACAAGUCAGACAAAAAAGAAUUUGAAAGAUUACAUAGAACAACAUUCAACAACGAAUCUAAAUAA